UAAUCAGAUUCUGUAAAAUCAAAUAUAAAAUAGUGUUUUCUCAAAUUUUUUGUUGUAGAUUUUGUCAUCGGAAAGAUCAUCGGCCAAAGUAAUCUAUUAGUACAAACACCUAAAUGGCAGAGACAGAAGAACAGAACAAUGGCUUCCGUCAAACCUGAAGCAGAAGCGUCCAAACGUGCAGAAAAUGUCGCUGAAACCGAAAGGAAAACGAUGACGCCAUGGGAGCAGCACUCUGCUGUAAUAAGCCUCCCUCGUUUCGACUACAAUGCACCGUCUGCGCUUCUUCACCGUUGCCAGUCUGGGUUCCUCAUCACUUGCACUAUCAAGAGGGAGAAGAGUGCCACAAAAGAAGCUAUCUUUAUCCUUGAAAAGUAUGUUCAGUACUUCAGUAGUUCUAUGACAGAAACUUUGGUGAUAUCUGAUGAAAAUGAAACUUCUAAACGGAGGAAAGUUUCAGAGGACAUUGAUCAUAUAAGUGUUGGAGGGGAAAGGAAUACUGAUGAACAUGCUAAAGAAACUUCUUUGAUAUCUACAAAGAGUGAGGCAAAAGUAGAGAAAUGUUCUCCUAUUUCACUAGUGAAGCUAACGCGGAGUGGUUUGCUUUUGUUUACCUUUACAAAGGAUAUAUCUCCUGAUACUGUUUAUAUUGUCAAAGACAUAAUGCAGUCUCUAGAAGCAAGGACUUUGAAGUCACUCGCUUGGUGCCAUCGCAUAUUCCCCAUCCAGGCUACUUGUUCCUUGAAUGAAAAUGAUCUCCAGGGCGUUGUAUCAAAGCUCGUUCUUCAUUUCAUGAAGGAUAAAGGAAACAUUCUUUCACACCCCGUAAAGUUUGCAGUAGGGUACAACAGAAGAGGAAUGGAAGAUAGUUCUGGUGCUAAUGUUAUUCUGGGACGCGAUAAAUGUUUUAGCAUUGUGGCUGCUGCCGUGAAAGGUGUGGUCUCGGACGUCAUUGUAGAUUUGAAAUCUCCAGAGCUUUGCGUUCUUGUUGAGCUGCUUCCUGUUUCUGGGUUGCCUCCUGGAUCAUCGGUAGUGGGGGUGUCGGUUCUUUCAAACAAUCUUGUUACUACGAAGCCUCGACUUUGCAUCAAAGCUUUGACUUCAGAUGCCAAAGCAAAGAGCUGAACGCAUAAUUCAAGUUUGCAAUGGAAGAAAUGUUAGAGUGAAGAUUUUGAAGGAAGAAGACGAUUUGCCUCAAUCAGCUCAAUGCCGUCAGUAUUAUCAACUUUAAUUGAGAUUUUUAAUUUAUCUUGUUUUGUAUUGUAUCUAACUUCAUCUGACCGUUUCUAGUUGCACAGUGAUAGUUCCUACGAUUGAUGUUUUUCAUCUCACAGAACAUUUGCUCAAAUUUUGUACUUAUUUAUUGGUGCAGUAAAUGUCGUUUUAGGGGUCGGUUUUCUUGGA